GCACAGGAAUAUGUUGGGUGAGCUGUAAGUACUGCCAAAGUCCGAGUCGGUGAAGCGCACGCAGCUAGCGCGCGCCCAGCGCACGUGUGAACUGGGGCUACCUUAUCAGUUCCCGAAAGCGCUCUUACCAGUGCACAGUCGAAGGACACUGCGAGGAUCCUAGACAUGUCUGCAGAGAGUAUACCAGCUGACUAUGACCCAACUUUCUACGAGAAACUCUACUACCUUCAUCCGGAGGAGCUCGCGUUCUUCCAGACGCAGACUGGCAUCAAGGAUGAGGAAGAACUGAAGCGCCAUAUCAUGAGCGUCCAGGCGGAGGCUCUGAAGGUUACCCCAUACCCCUGCAUCAGAGCUUUUGCCUUCACGAAGCUCGGCGCCAGCCGUCUUCCCGCGUACGACCAGGUUGUCAAACUUGGGAAGGAGCGCAAGGGCGCCAUCUUGCUUGACAUAGGAUGCUGCCUCGGAGUCGACGUUCGGAAGGCAGUGGCGGACGGUUUUCCCGCUGAGAACGCCAUUGCGUCAGACCUGCAUCCAGAAUAUUGGGACCUCGGCCACAAGCUGUUCAGGACUACGGCGAAGGAAUUCCCAGCCCACUUCUUGGGAGGCGACGUCUUCGACUCGGCUUUCUUCGAGGGAAGCCCGAUCCUAGACACCCCACCGACCACACCCCCGCCUGCCACGCUCGCCGCCCUGAAGACACUCAGCCCGUUGAACGGGCACGUCUCCGCGAUCCACGCGUCUUCGUUCUUCCACCUCUUCAGUGAGGAUGAGCAGCUCGAGCUCGCACGCAAGCUCGCCGGGCUGCUCUCGCCCGUACCCGGGUCCAUGAUCGUGGGCGUGCACAUCGGCCAGCCGGAGAAGGGCCCGUGGCUGGAACGGCGCACGUUGCGGUCGGGGACGCAGAUGUUCUGCCACUCGCCGGAGAGCUGGGAGGAGCUGUGGGACGGGGAGGUGUUCGAGAAGGGAAAGGUGAGGGUGGAGGUAGUCCUGCGGGCGGCGAAGGAUAUGGUUCAGAUGGACGUCUCGAAAUCAUGGGUCGAGGCGGCCCAGCGCGCGGAGCUGCCGGGAACUGUCAACUACCAGAUGCUGGUGUGGUCUGUUACGAGGUUGUGAGUGACCUCAGGGAUGAGGUCCGUGCGUCGCGUACGUGGAUCUUCGGGGUUACUUGCCCUGCAUUUGGAUUAUCUGUACAACCACAGCUGGUGCGAUGUAUUUUU